CCUGUUGCGACGCGGUACACGCACCUCUCUCCUCUGCUCUAGUCGAUGCGGGCAGCCCGGCCAUUGGCAGAGCGCCGAGCAUGUGUCACUGGGUGUCACUGCUGGAACGGUCCCCGACGGGACUAUCAGAUUGCAACUUAAGCAGCUGAUCUAAAUAAACAACGAGCCAGUCAUUGCCGAUUGCUUGUGUCUCAAUGUCAGAUGCAGACCCUCGGGGUGUCAAGGACGAGUAGUCAUCCCAAGUGGAAGAAACCGUCUCCCUCUCCGUGUCCAUCUCUUCAACUCCCGCCCGUCGUCAAAUCAGCUUCAGCGUCCUCAGCCCCAUCAUUGACGUACCCUUAUUGCUUAUCUCUCCCUGCCUCCACAUAACUCCCACGUUGGCCCCUUGGAUGGCGUUCCAUAUUUAGCCUCACUUUCCUCGUCAUCUGUUCCCUUCUUUCCUCUUUCCCGCGUCAUCCGCUGCUCCAUCUCGACAACAUCAACAAUAAUCCACUAACAAGCCCGCCAGUUUGACUAUAUCAUAUUCUUGUUCCGCGUUUUCUUGGUCAACCACAACCCAUAACAAUCAACCGCCAAAAUGCCAGGUGUUCCUUUCGACGCGUUCACCAACCUGAAGGCGAAGCUCAGGGCUGCCUUCAAGAAGCCCACUGAGAAGAGGGCGUCCAAGCCCGUCGACCACGCUAAGCCCACCGAGGCUGCUGCUGAUGCCGCUCAGCACGACCCUGUUGCCGCUGCCGCUCCUCCUGCUCCUGCCAAGGAUGCCACCAAGCCCGCUGCUGCUGCUGCUGCUGCUCCCGGUGCCGUUGAGCUAGCUGCCAACGAGGCCCCUCAAGAAGCCCCCAAGGAGGCCGCCAAGGAGGAGACUCCCGCUGCGGCCCCCGCCGCUGCCCCUGUCGAGGUUUCUGCCGAGCCCCCCGCUGCCAAGGCUGUUCCGGCCGAGAGUGCCGCUCCCGCCGCUGUUGCCGCUCCUGCUGAGGAGAAGAAGGAGGAGGAGAAGGAAGAGAAGAAGGACGAGAAGAAGGAGGAAGCUGCUGCUGCUGCUCCUAGUGAGAACACCCCCGUUCCUAGCAUAACCCCCGCUCCUGAGGUCGCUGCACCUGCGGUAGAAGCCCCCGAGGUUGCCGCUGCCCCUGAAGUCGCUGUUCCCGAGCAGAAGAAGGAGGAGGAGGAGGAGAAGGAGGAGAAGAAGGAAGAGGCUUCUUCUCUUCCUGAGGUUGUCAGCGCCCCCUUCGAAAUCCCCGAGAUCGCCGCCCCUGAGUUUGCUGGUGCCCCGGUUGCUGCUGCUACCGAGGCUGCCGCUGUGCCCGUGGCUGUCGUUGAUGAGAAGGAGGCUGUUGCCGUCCCCGCUGCUCAUGAAGUCAAGAAGGUUGUGGAGGAGGCUUCCGCUGCCCCUGCUGAGACUGAGACUCCUGCUCCUGCAGCUGCCGUCGCCGAGCCUCCUGCUGCUGUCGCCGCUCCCGCCGAGACUGCUGCCCCCGCCGCCCCCGCCGCCGAGGAGAAGAAGGAGGAGAAGAAGGAAGAGGAGGCUGCUGCUGCUACCACCGCUUAAACGACACGAUGACUGGAUCAUCAUGGACUUUGUUAAGCGCGACUGCGAAGCGAUGUGUUUGUUGAAGACUGGGUGCGGUUUGCCAAAAGUGAACUCGGAAAAAAAUGUACGGCGGAUUUGGAUGGCUUGGCUAGACCGAGGAUGAGGACGGAAAGACGGUACGGGAGGUCGAGGCGUUGCAGGAUUGGACUGGGACACGCUCAGUUUCGGUGUCCCCUCAUGGGUUUCUACGCUAUCAUGUUUUCGGUACUGCGUCAUGUUGGCGGGAUAUGUGUUACCGACGAUACCAGGGUCUAAUUCCCUUUUUUUAAUUAGUUUCUGAUACCCAACUAUUACUUGUCACCUACUUACGUCCACAAAGACACAGCCGUUCGAUGGAGUGUUGAAUACCGUUGCGGUGAGUAUCAUUUCAUCGUCAGUAAACAAGGGGAAAAGAAUCGACAAUAUGAAGCAGUUCCAGA